AUGUGGGGACCCACCCCUCCCAGCUCCCCACUAAUCACAGGCCCCGGUUGGGCCAGCCAGCCACCAAUCAGGCAGCACUUCUGUGUCCCAAGCCUGCUGGGAAUUGAAACCCAUGCCUGCCCGGCCUGGCUAGCCCCAACAUGCGGCAGCCUUACACCUGGCAGCAACAAAGCCAGCCCCGGUUUUACUGGUGAAUUCUGUGAAACAAACAUUGGUGGCUGCCGGUCACAUCCUUGUGGAGCUCUUAGCCUCUGUAAAGAUGAAUUGGAUGGUUAUCAUUGUUUUUGUGCACCUGGUUUUAUAGGUAAUAACUGUGACACAGAAGUGGAUGAGUGCCUAAGUUACCCAUGUCAUAACGGUGGUACUUGCAUUGAGCAUCUUAAUGCCUUCAACUGCUUAUGUUCCCAUGGAUUUCAAGGCACACUUUGUGAAAUCAAUAUAAAUGAAUGCCACUCAAAUCCCUGUCUUCAUAAUUCAACCUGUACAGACCUUAUCAGUGGAUAUGACUGUUCCUGCUUACCUGGCUUCACUGGUCUGCACUGUGAAACCGAUAUAGAUGAGUGUGCCUCUUCUCCUUGCAAGAAUGGAGGCACCUGCAUUGACCAACCUGGUAAUUAUUACUGCCAGUGUGUGGCUCCAUUUAAAGGUCUUAAUUGUGAAUUUAGGCCCUGUGAGGGUGGGAAUCCCUGUGAGAAUGGAGCUGUAUGUCUAAAAGAGAUGGAUUUGGCUGCCUUUCCCCUUGGAUUCCAAUGCCAGUGUAAGAAGGGCUUUGCAGGCCCUCGCUGUGAGAUCAACAUCAAUGAAUGCAGCUCCAACCCUUGCCUCCAUGGAUAUUGCUAUGAUGUUGUUGAUGGCUUCUAUUGUUUGUGCAAUCCUGGAUACGCUGGACAAAAAUGUGACCAAGACAUUGAUGAUUGCAUUAAUAAUGCAUGUAAACACAAUUCUACUUGCAUGGAUCUUCAUCUGGUGUUCCGAAGCCCUCCGCAGUCCUGGCUUGCUUGCUGGAGCGCUGACGAUGGAGAGUCCGAAGGCGGCUUCCCUGGGUUGGUGUGCAGCUCCGCAGGUUUCCAGCCAAACCCAGGGAACCACCCGGCAAACAACAGCAGCAGUAGCAGUCCUCAGCUGCUGCCCAGAUGGUAA